AAUCUCUUUCUUAGUCCAUCCAUACAUUGAAUCUUUAUAUAAUCCACUACUACAAGUAAUUCUAUUUGUCUCCAACGUUGUUUUUCUACUUGAAUUCAUAAACUUUUGUCUCUGAGGUUCGUCGAAAAAUCUCUUAACGAUGACUGUGGAACAAGAUUUAGACCAGUUUCCAGUGGGGAUGAGAGUUCUUGCCGUUGACGAUGACCAAACUUGUCUCCGUAUUCUCGAGACUUUGCUUCAUCGCUGCCAAUAUCACGUAACAACAACGGACCAGGCACAGACGGCACUGAAGUUGUUGAGGGAGAACAAGAACAAGUUUGAUCUCGUUAUUAGCGAUGUCGACAUGCCAGACAUGGAUGGUUUCAAGCUGCUUGAGCUCGUUGGUCUUGAAAUGGACUUACCUGUCAUAAUGUUAUCUGCUCAUAGCGAUCCAAAGUAUGUGAUGAAAGGAGUCAAGCACGGUGCCUGCGACUAUCUGCUCAAACCGGUUCGAAUUGAGGAGCUCAAGAACAUAUGGCAACACGUGGUGAGAAAAGGCAAGUUUAAGAAGAUGAAGAGCAGCUUGAGUAAUGGUGAAUCUGAGGGAAACUCUGAUCAGAACGGCGUAAAAGCAAACAGAAAACGUAAAGAUCAGUUUGAAGAGGAAGAAGAAGAUGAAGAAAGAGGGAUUGAAAACGAUGAUCCAACGGCUCAAAAGAAGCCUCGUGUUCUUUGGACGCGCGAGCUGCACAAUAAGUUCCUAGCUGCUGUUGAUCAUUUGGGCGUUGAGAAAGCUGUACCAAAGAAGAUUCUUGAUCUGAUGAAUGUUGAAAAGCUCACAAGAGAGAAUGUCGCGAGCCACCUUCAGAAAUUCCGCUCCGCCUUGAAGAAAAUAACUAAUGAAACCAAUCAACAAGCUAACAUGGCGGCCAUGGACUCACAUUUCAUGCAAAUGAGUUCUCUCAAAGGACUUGGCGGCUUCCACCACCACCGUCCAAUACCUCUUGGAUCCGGUCAGUUCCAUGGUGGAGCUGCAACCAUGAGACAGUACCCUUCAAAUAGGACUCUUGGUCGCCUAAACUCCCUUGCAGGAAUGUUCCCACAUGUCUCAUCAUCGCUUCCUCGCAACCACAAUGAUGGAGGAGGAUACAUACUUCAGGGAUUGCCAAUCCCGCCACUACAAGGGCUUCAUAUUGAGAACAACAAGACUUUCCCGAGCUUUACUUCACAACAAAGCUCUCCAGUGGUUCUUGAGGGUCACCUGCAGUCAUCAUCUCCAUCCUCAAUCCCAGGGUUUUCUCCUCACUUGGAGAUGAACAAGCGUCUUGAAGAUUGGUCAAACGCUGUAUUGUCAUCAACCAACAUUCCACAGAGUGGUGCUCAUUCAAAACCAGACGCCUUGGAAUGGAACCAGUUCUGCGACUCAGCCAGUCCGCUAAUGAACACAAACGUGGAUACAAAUCCGACAUCUUUCUGCAGGAACACGGAUUUCGGACAGUCAAACUCUGCACAAACAGAGAUUUUUAAUCCAUUACAGAUAAAGCAGCAGUAUGCAAACAACUUAGGACCAAUGACAGAUGCUCAACAGUUGACAAGUAACAAUACAAAGGAAGGUUUAGUCAUGGGACAACAGAAGGUAGAGAGCGGUUUCAUGGCUUCAGAUGCUGGUUCCUUGGAUGAUAUCGUCAACUCCAUGAUGACACAGGAACAGAGCCAAGCUGAUUUCGGGGAAGGAGAUUGGGGUUUGGAUGGUUUAACUCCCACAGAACAUGCAUAUGAGAACCCCACCUUUUCUUUGCCAACAUGAGAAAGUGUUUUUAUCCAGACACAAUCAAUUAUUAUUAUCUUUGGUUCUGUCUUUUUUUUUUUUUUUUUUUUGUGUAAGGAGACUCUAAGCUCUUGAUUACAAGUUUCCUCACUGAUUUUAACAGCUUAGGAAGAUCCAGAAGAAGAAUAAUCUAAUAAAUAAAUUCAAA